UCUGCCCCCUUGAACAGACGUGAUUGACAGUUGGCAGACGACUGCGGAACGCGCAAGAACUCCGCACGCGCUUCGGACGUACGGCGCUAAACGAAAAUUUACACACCGACCCCAUGAAUACGCCGCCGGCGAACCAUUUUCAACAACCAUCAGUAGCAGCACGUGGGUAACUUUCAGUGUGAAUGUGCAGUGAGACGGAAGAAAAAUUUGUGAAUUUUUGAGUGAAAACAGUGCGCGACAGUGACUCGGACCUCAAUAAUCCCUUUAGUGCGGGCAGUGCAGUUCAUGGCUCAGCCACGGGUGUAACUAGUAGAAUUAACGGCAAACGAAAAUAGGGAUUCAUAAAUCAACAUGGAUGUUCUGCAGAAAAACUACGACGAUGGCAUUCAUUCUGGCUACAUGGAUAGUGGAGCGGCAGGCGGCAUGUACGAACCUCAUGUUGCACAUCGGCCCAGCAUUCCCGGGCUGCACCAUUCCCCACACCUCAACCACGCCAUGCACCCUUACCAUGCAAACCAUGUAAAUCCUGCCGCUAAUCAUGUUAUGGGGGGCGCCGUACCCGAUGUUGGAAAGAGAGAUAAAGAUGCCAUCUAUGGUCAUCCGCUCUUUCCACUAUUGGCCCUUAUCUUUGAGAAAUGCGAACUAGCAACAUGUACACCUAGAGAACCUGGAGUAGCGGGUGGAGACGUUUGCUCUUCAGAGUCCUUUAACGAGGAUAUAGCUGUUUUCUCCAAACAAAUACGUCAAGAGAAACCUUAUUAUAUAGCAGACCCUGAAGUCGACUCAUUAAUGGUGCAGGCGAUACAAGUACUCCGGUUUCACCUCUUAGAAUUAGAAAAGGUUCACGAACUAUGUGACAAUUUCUGUCACAGGUAUAUUAGUUGCUUAAAAGGUAAAAUGCCCAUUGAUCUUGUGAUAGACGAAAGGGACGGAGGUAAACCUCCUGAACUCACCGGUUCAACAAACGGAGACGGAGGUGCCAGGAGUAAUGCGGACUCUACUUCACAUACGGAUGGAGCGAGCACGCCUGAUGUCCGGCCCCCAUCGUCAUCGUUGAGCUACGGGGGUCCCGUUAACGAUGACGUCCGGUCACCAGGAACGCCUGGACCCCUUUCACAACCUCCCGCAUCGCAGCAAAGUCUCGACGCCUCGGAUCCUGACGCUAUGGGUAAAUGGUGUCCGAGGCGAGAAUGGUCUUCACCACCCGACGCACGGGCAGCUUCCGACGCUGCACGUCGUGGCGUUUUAUAUUCGUCAGUCUUCCUGGGAAGUCCUGGUGACGCCAGUAACGCGAGUAUCGGCAGCGGAGAGGGCACAGGCGAGGAGGAUGACGAUACGAACGGCAAGAAAAAUCAAAAAAAGAGAGGCAUAUUUCCCAAGGUGGCUACAAAUAUUCUAAGGGCGUGGUUGUUUCAACACCUAACGCAUCCUUAUCCUUCGGAGGACCAGAAAAAGCAACUAGCUCAGGAUACGGGGCUUACGAUACUACAAGUUAAUAAUUGGUUUAUCAACGCCAGGCGGAGAAUAGUACAGCCAAUGAUCGAUCAGUCAAAUCGAGCAGUAUUUUCUCCGCAUGCAGGUCCUAGUGGAGCUUACAGCCCUGAUGGCACGAUGGGUUAUAUGAUGGGCGACCAACAAAUGAUGCAUCGGCCGCCAGGAGAUCCAGCUUUCCACAAUCAGUACGCUCAUUAUCCCGCCGAAUACUACGGACAUCAUCUGUGAGGUUCCCUUCAGCAGCUUGUCGCAACGACAAUGGACAUAGAAAUAUGCAACUCUUAAAUGUGAUUAUAUUUGUACAAAGUGUAAAUGUAGUGCCCCAGUGUUUAGAUAAAGUAAAAAAAACGAAAAACUUGUACAAAAGUAUUAGACUAAUCGUGCUGACUGCUGUAUAUACAUAUAUAAUAUUGUGGUGAGGAAUGGGGGCGCCCCGAAGAGGUUCCUUCAAACCGGAUCUGUAACGUUUCUCUGUUACAACAGUUACGCAACAAUUACGAGAUAAGCGUAAACGUUUUAAAGUCAUGUGGUAUUGUAGUCUAGACCCGUGUUGUAAUACUAUGCCAUGUCCUUCCUAAAGGAAAAAAAACGAUCAGCCGCAAAGCACCACGUCUUUUCUUGGUUUCAAAUUAUAUUCCUUCAUCGUCACCGAUAGUAAUCAUUCAUUUAGUAUUCAAUACUAGUAUACAAUCAAAAUAAGAAAGUAUCUUCUAUGUUCAAUUAAUCAGCUGAACAGAUUCAAAGCUCAGUAUCGCGAAAAACGUGUGAAAUUCGAAUUGUAAAUCUAGUAUUGACCACUAAAUUAAGUGAGACAACUUACAGUUAAGUGAGUUUAUUUUGUAACUUGUGGUUGCAAAUUAUUUAAGGGUGAAAACGAAGCAGGGCAUGUGCGUAUUAAGAGUUCAGGGUUGUGCCAUUUUAAAAUUACUGUUAAACUAUGGAGAUUAUGACGAUUUACAAUGAAGUGGAGUUUGGUUUCCCCUCCGGCUCAUUGAAAUGAAACCGAUUUGCCCCAAAUCAAGAAAUGUUCAGACAGCCUUAACGUUAAUCAAUGAUUUCUCAGAACACACGCGACACUUUUGCUAAAUUCAGUGGCAGAUCCGAUUCCAUGUUUAAUGAGUGAAGUACUUAACUUUAAAAGAUAUACGAUAUACGUAACUAAUGAUCCUAGAAAAAUACUAACAUGUAGCAGGUGGUUAAAAAUUACGUUCCUUCUGCUGCAACUAGGGUAAUAUCAAAAAAGUGCAAUAAAGAUAAAGGGGAGAAGCAGGAUCACUGCCAACCGACAACCGAAAAUGUAUACCAAGUUUUAUAACGUUCGUCGUAACAAAGCCAUCAUAUAAUGUUCUUCAGGAGUUUACAACUUUUGAAUUGUUUCGUAUCAAUAGAGGAUACUUUUAUACGGCUGUCCUGCUUCUCUUUAUACGCAAACGUCUUUCAAAGAGAAAAAAAUGUUGAAGUAUCUGCAGAGUUUCUUACACAUUGAAAUCUACACACUAUUUACAAGUGCCGCAAUUCGUAACAUAAAUCGGUUUCAUCAGCAGUUCAAUCAAUGAUACUAAUUUCAAUCGUCUUAUUGCCUUGUCCUGGUUUUUGGGAGGGUCUGAAUUUGCAUCUAAUUAUUUGUACAGGGUGUGCAAAUUUUUACAAAACAAAAUUAGUUUUGCAAAUUUUUACGAAACAAAAUUAGUUUUGCAAAACGAAAUUAAUGUUUUAAGUAAACGUUUCAGAAAUGCAUCUUAAAAGAGCCAAUUUUUUAACUUUCGCAUUAUUCUUAAAUGUUUGGUGGAAUUUCGUUGUAACUGGCAACUUAAAGUUCCGCUUUAAAUGGACGAGGUCACAGUUUUUCGCCGUGUGCGACCUCUAAUUAUUCUUUGCUUAUGGUUUUCUAUACAAUUUCGUACCUUCGUAAAGUUGAUGACUUGUCCAUUCGAAAUGUCUGCCUUAGUAUUUUGGUGGGUUAAAACAAAAAAUUUCAAACUUCUUAAUGGGUCGUUCAAACAAGGUUUUGCUUAGUUUAAAUCAAUCAAUAUUGAUUAACUAAGAAGUUUAUCCACUCAUGAGUUAGUUGUUAUUAUUGUUGUUUGUCGUUACUGCAAGCGCAUCACACUCUACGUAAGAAACUAUUUGAGAUUGAACAUAGAAAGUUAACAAAGCCAUGAUCAUUCAGGCGUUUUCCUUUGCAAGCUAAUUUCUUUAUUUCUCAGCUCGAUCACCUGAUCUAAACCCCUUGGAUUCUUACUUGUGUGGUAAUAAUGUUGUGCCACAGAAGAAGAUAGCGAACAUUUAUUUCCAAUUACUCCUGUAAAUUAGUAUCAGUAAUAAUUUUGUUUCAUUAAUUAAGUCAUUUUGCUGGAAAAUUGAUGCGUCCAAGCAAAGUGAAUUGAGAGUAGCGUUUUUGGUAUUCAGACUCUUUAUUCAGAUUUAGCUUUUCCGAAUUGUUCUACAAAAGAACAAAAGACAGGCCCAGGAAACCGUUAGAGCCAAUUUUUUAUCAGUUGUUAAAAAUGAACAGCUCUAGUUUUGGCACAAAUUAAGCAUGCAAUAAGGGAAUAAUUUGAAAGCAGCCAUCCGCACGGGGUGAUUUUCAACCAGACUGCUCUUUUUAAUAUAUCUUAAUUAAUACAAUUAAUAUUAUUUUUUGAAAGCAGUUUCACUGUUUCAGUUUGGCCACCUAAUUCCGAGACCCCUGUUUAUAUACACAUCAUAUACUAGUCGCACUCCAGUAGGUACAAACAUUGCCAGAUAUUUCAACAUUGAAUAUUUCUGAUAUACAAUUUAAUUUUAUUGCACUGGUACACAAGUAUACAGAAUGUUGCAAAGUCCUCAGGUGAUCGAUCGAUCAUCAAAAUAUACGAGAUUAUAAUUGUGAACGUAGGUCCUUAACGAUAAUUUAUUUUUUAAUUUCUGUAGUUUGCUUGGUACUUAUUAAGUAACUUUGUAUGUAUAGUCGUGCCCAAUAUAGUUUUGCUGUGAAUGCUUCAAAUAAGCCGAUAAUUGCAGAUCGAUGUAAAUUUUCCCUUUUCAAUCUAAGUACAUUACUAUAUGAUGAAAAAACCUGCGCUAAUCUUAAUGAUUUAUAAGAAGACGCACAUUUUUGAAAAUAGUAAUUUAAAAAAAAUGCGAUCAGGAAUGCAUGAGCACUAAACAAAAAAGUUGCUUGGAUUUUAUUUAUUUAACUUGGUUGGCGGCAACUAAAACCUAGCACGAAUUAUAAUACACAAUAGCAUAAAAUUAGAGGCAGGUUUUAUACAUUACAUAUACAUUGACUAUAACCGUUUUACAGAACAAAGCAGAACACUUUCGCAUGAAGCAGUAAAUAGUGCAGCAGUAUUGUUUAUAACAAAUAGCGGGCAGUGCUCUGUUUAAAUUUUAAGCUCCUGGAUCAUUUUUUUCUUAGUUCUGAACUUUCUUAACGUUCUGGUGUUCAGUAAAUCUUUUAUAAAAAUACAUACCUUGACUUCCAGCAUCUUAUAGAAACCGCGGCAGUUCAUGUUCAUGGCUUAAAACCUUAAUCAAACGAAUCGCAAAGAAUACGGCGCAAUUGCCACCAACAUUCAUUAACUGGAUGAGAUCCUUUGAGAAGAAAUAAUAUUUUAAACCAACUAAAAUCGAAGUUUUCAGGUAUUUGAAAAUAAUCGGCCGAACAUUGAUAAGGGAAAGUAAAUCACUUGCAAUUAAAGAGUUAUAGAGAUUCGUGGCACUAUAUCUAAGUCUGAUGUAAUACGUAAUAUAUUUUGCACCAUUCUGAUUAUUUCGAUGUAAUAACUAAUCAAUUCUACUCGCCUUCUAUAAAAGGGUUGGCGACUGGAGGUAGAACGAUUUCAACGUUUUGUUUGGGCUUAUUGUUAAUGUUGCUAAAUUGAUUUUUCUAUCUUUCAGUGGACAACCCCGUAUAAAGAGUUUUAUCCAGCUCCAAAUCUUUUGCCAGACACCCAACGUAUACGACUUUAGUGAUGUUAUAGGUUAUUAUUAUUGUAAUUAUUAUAAAUUUAUCUCGUACACAAUUGCUGGUUAGAGAGCGGAUUCGGAUAAAGCCCAUUUGUCCUGUAUAUUUGGCCUUUCUAUUAUUGUUUGAAUUUACGUUUUCAGCGUUACCUUUGUUAAGUUGCUGGGAAAGGCGAGGGUUUUGUUAUGUAUACCGAUUUACACUAGGCUCAGAGGUAUAGUUUUUGAUUUAAUAUACUCUGGUGUAUUGUACAUAUUGUAUUAAGUAUUUAUGCAUAGACUAUUAAGUAUACUAACGCUCUUUGUAAGAGCCUCCCGCGGCUUACCCGGCAUACUGUUUAUGUACUUUUAUUGUAAAUACAAUUUACCUCCAAUAAAAUGUUGGCUGUUCGUUUUAAGUGAUUACCAUCAUGAAUCAUUAUCGCCUUAUCCAAUGUAUACGAAAAAAAUUAAAUCAAUACAGAUCAUUGAGAGAAUAUCGUACCUCUAUGUUAUUAAUAAUGUAUGAGAGGAAACUUUAUUGUGUUCUGCUUUUUCAUAAAAAUUAUAUAUUAAUAUUAUAAAUAAUUAUGGGACAAGAUACCUCAAAAUUGAUUUGGUAACGCCGUGUCCUCUGUAUAGUGUUUUUUUUUUGAAACGUGAGCAUUAAAUGCUACAUCUUGUGUACUUAUAUAAA